AUGGUGACAAAAUCACUCUUGCUGUUUGCAGAUUUGAUGGCGGUUGUUGAUGAUGAAAACUCGGUGAUGAUGGUUGAAUCUGGACUGAUGAAGAUUAGGAAGUCAGUUUUGACAGUUUGCAGGGUUUUUGCUAGAAGGAGUCCUGUUGGGAUUUUGUUGUUUGUUUGCAGGGCAUUAGUUUAUAACCUGGAAUUCGAACUGGUUUAUCGAAUUUUUGCACAUCUGCAAAGUGUUUGCAAGGGUUUUGGAACUGUUUUGAUUGUGAACUGUUUUUUAGUUAUGCAGGGCAUUUUUGGUCUAGCUGUGGAUUUAAUAUUGAGAAGCAAACUGGUUUUUGCUCUUGAUUUUCUGAUGAACCAUUUUGGAACUUAUGUGUCCUUAUUGUAUGCGCAGGCUUCUACCUUUAAUGCAGUUUUUAUUUUGUACGAUAGGUUCCAACAUUUUGCAUGGGCUUUGGACAAUCAAGGCUAUUUUUUAUUUAAUUUUUGGAUAAGGCAUAAAGCCAGCUGCAACGUGAAACCUGGACAUGGAAUUGAAAACUAG